AUGACUAAAAUUGUAAUUCGCGAAGAAGACAUCAAAAUGAUGUAUGGAGGCACACAAGCUACGCUUAAUGCUCUCCACAGAGAUUUCUGGAUUGUAAACGGAAGAAACAUAGUAAAAAAUGUAAUUCACAAAUGCGUUACAUGUGCACGUGCUAAGCCUGCAACACCGCAGUACCCGAUGGGGAAUUUCCCGAAAAGUUGCCUCUCUCUUAAUCGCGCUUUCCUAGCUUCGGGAAUCGACUAUUGUGGUCCCUUUUUUAUAAAGGAGAAACGACCUUGGAACAGAAGAAAGGUAAACAUGUGUGCGGCUAUCUUAGCAUGUCUCGCAACCAAAGCAAUUUACAUCGAGCUUGUAUCUGACCUGACAACCGAAGCACUUACCGAGAAAAAUAUCGCGUGCCAUUUUAUCCCUUCGAGAUCCCCCCACUUUGGUAGGCUUUGGGAGGCGACCGAAAAAUCUUUUAAGCACCACAUGCUUCGCGUGAUUGGUGACAAAUUAUUGCAAUUCGAUGAAUUAUUGACUUUUGCAAUUGAAGUAGAAGAAAUUCUAAACUCGCGUCCAAUAAAUCCCAUCCUUUCCGAUCCCAACGAUUUGGCCGCUCUCACACCUGGCCACUUUCUCAUUAAUGACUCAUUUACAAGAAUGCCAGAACAAAAACUGAAGGAAAUUACUUAA